ACAACUCAAGAACUGGAUUCAUUUUAAAAGAAACAAAGAGGAAGAUGGGAGCGAUGAACCUACUCUUCAUCACUAUCAGUCACAAUGUUUCCUUCAUGGGUAAAACCUGGUGGAUGUUGAUGCUGGUUUUACGUCUGCUCGUCCUCCUGUUGGCUGGUUUCACCCUCUUCAUUGACGAACAGGAAAGAUUUGUCUGCAACACCAUCCAGCCGGGCUGCUCCAACGUGUGUUUCGACGUAUUCGCUCCCGUAUCCGUCUUCCGCCUCUGGCUCUUCCACCUUAUCCUCCUUUGUCUUCCCCAUGUACUGUUUGUGACCUAUGUCAUGCAUAAAGUUUUGUCAUAUUCUGGGGGUUUCUACUGCAACAGGAGUCAAGGCGGUUCGCCUUUCACCCUUGAGAACUCGAGAUCCUCGAGAGAACUGUCCUUGCAUAAAGUUCCCCUUCACGACCUACAUCGUGAAUGGGGUGUGCCGCGUUUCUACUGCGCUUACUUCCUUGUUGUAAUUCUACGGAUCCUUCUGGAAGUGGUUUUCGGUGCGGGCCAGUUUUUUCUCUUUGGUUUGUCCAUUCCUAAGAGCUUCCUCUGUUACGAGGCUCCUUGCACAUCCGGGGUCGAAUGCUACAUCUCCAGACCAACUGAGAAGACCUUAAUGCUCAACUUCAUGCUGGGUGUGGCCUCCUUGUCCAUUUUGCUGAGUUUGGUCGACCUGAUGAGCUCCAUGAAGGCGAUGGUGAGAUGGAGGAGGAAAAGGGAGAUGUUUAUGGAGGAGAUGAGUAAAGGAGAGCAAAGCAGCAUGUUUACAGCGACCACCAUGACUGAAGACAGCGAUGUCCUUUCAACCAGAGGGAUCUGCAUGAGUGGAGGCUUAAAGAAUGGCCUUAAGGAUGAAAAACACACUACAGCUAUAAAUAGUGAACCUCCUCAUACAAAGGUGAAUGGUGAAUCCACUAAUGACAAUAUGCCAGAAAGAAGAGAUACUAAGACGGACUUGUCUCAGUCGCCCACUCCCAUGAACACUCCAGUACCAACUCACUUUGUUCUCCACAGCCACCUAAGACCUCCACUGUCCUCUCGUCCUGACAGGGGCCCACCACCAAUCCCCAGGGUGCCGACACCUAUGGGGGUCAAAAAGCUGGGCCAGUACACUCCAGCUGGGGCGAACUCGGGCCAACAGUCUGACAGCAGCGAAUCUCAAGACAAGAGGGCAUGGGUGUGA